AUGUCGGUCCUGGAGCAAAUUCUGAAGCAGCUCAAAAAGCUUGAUCAAUUAAACGUCGACGAUGAUGGACGCAAUCUCCGUGCCCAGUCCAGAUCUCCCGAGCCAACUGAGGGUUCAUCUUCCCUGAUACCGGCGAACCACAACAAUACCACCACAAAGAAGCUGGCUUCCAAGAAGAGGAAAUCACAAUCCCCACCACCAACUGAAGCUAUGUCUGCAACUGCCAACCAAUCCACUACUACAACCACCAACCAAAAUACCAGCCACAAUACCAGCCACAGCAGCCAAACCACAAGUCUAACAGGCAACCAAAGAACUGCCCAAGCUACAAAUAAUGACGAACAGCCCCCCGUUGACGCUGCAAACUUACCUUCGACCGCCAAUGUGGCGUCUCCGAGAGAUGACUCCACGCCUAACCCCGAGAUAAGGGAGGUGUUCAUCGACACUAUGUGGUAUGUCAUUGUCAAACACAAGCAACGUGCCGACGGUACCCGAGAGGAGUACCGCCGUACCAGUUUACAAGCGGCGAAGAAAGAGGCCCCGUCACGCAAGUACAAUCCGUCGCAGAAACUGGUGCGCCUGGUGUUGGCGUACGCCAUCAAGAACAAGUUCAAGGCGUGCCAGCUUGACAUUGAUUUAGCUUUUACCGACGUCGACUUUGUCGAUGAAAACGUCCAGUAUUUUAUCGACGACCCUAAGUAUGGGAUUGACAACACCCGAACUACUUUUACCAUGCACAAGCUCAAGCGGCCUUUACCGGGGAUCAAAGGUGCUCAGAAAUUGUUUUACGGCGGCUUCACCAUGUUUCUCGUCAACAAGUUAAACUUCAAAGAGUUCAGUGGCGCCAAAGGGGUAUGGGUAUACGCUCCCAAACAGAAGACUAAGGUUAUUGUGAUGAUCGAGGGCGACGACAUUUUGAUUUUUGGUGAGACCGACGAGGACGUUGAUUGGAUUGUAUCUGAGUUCGAGAGCCAGUACAAAGUGGCGCACCUCGGGUACCCUCUGCUUUUUGUCGGCAACAACAUCAACUAUAAUCUCGAACAAGGAACUGUGACGAUGGAUCGCGGUAACCGCACGGUCCACUUCCUUGAUAAAAUUGGAUUAAGACCCGACCGGAGCAUCCUGUCAAUCAUGGAUAGCGAUUUCGAUACACAAUGGCGCGAAGUCGGUUCGAGACAGAGAUUGCCUCGAGCAGAAAAGGGACUUAAGACUAUCAUCUACCAACAAAUCCUCGCUGAAUUGGUGGCACUUUCGAAAUCGGUGAGAUCAGGGAUCGCCAAGGAAGUGUCGACUUUCGCCAGUCUCGAGCUGUAUGUCAAUGACUGGCUCAUCGCCGCUAUCCAGAGAGCAAUCAAGUUCACGGCAAAUUACAACAUUGGAUGGAAGUAUAAGGGUGAAUCCACUGCCGAUGACGAGUUUACUACGGGUCUUGUCAUCCAGGUGAGCGAUGAAGAUCGACAGAAAGCCACUAUCAGCUACUUUGCCAGAAAGGACGGCGGUGUUUUGGAUUGGUGGUCGAAAGUAGUCUACCAGCACGAACUUGACUUGCUUACACUUCAAGAGCAAGCGCUACUGACGGCCAAAGAAGACUUCAAACACUUAAAGAAGCUCGAUCACUUCAUCCACACUGGCGAGGUCCUCGAGAAUGUUGAGGAUUGCGAGGUUGCUGGCUGUCUCAUGAUGGACGGACAGGCACGCCCCUUUGGCGUUUAUCGACAAAAUCUGUGA